AUGGCGGAACCGAGAGGAACCACAUGGUGGAGCGAGGAGUUAGCGAGUUUGAUGGAGAAUCCGUUACCGGAACAAACCCCUUCCACGGCGUCGUUUGAGGUGAGAAAAUCGGAACAUGAAGUAGUAGCUGAAUCUGGAGGUGGAGAGAGUUUGAAGGAGCACGCGGUUGGGUUUUUGAUGGCUUGGUGUGAGAUACUUAUGGAGUUCGGUAGAGGAUGUAGAGACAUUAUCCUGCAACAGAAUUUCUUGAACGACGAUUCUUAUCUUGUGAAGAACCUUCGUGGACCUUGUUCUAAGGUUUCUAAGAGAUUAAGGUUUUUGAAUGACUUUUUGCCUGAAGAUCGUGAUCCUGUUCAAGCUUGGUCUAUUGUCUUAACCGUUUUUCUUCUUGCUUUCGCAGCUAUAAUUCUAGAUUCUAAUCAUGAAACCUUAACCAAAGCGGUGAUGUUGCGAAUGCAUCCUCCUAUUGCUAGCCGCAUAUUGCUUCCGGAUGGUAGAUACCUUGCUUAUCAUGAUCAAGGUGUUUCUGCUGGCAGAGCUAGAUUUUCCCUUGUUGCUCCGCAUUCUUUUCUUUCAUCUCGGCUGGCAGGUAUUCCUGGGGUUAAAGCGUUGUUGCUUGAAGAGUAUGGAGUUCGCUUGGUCACUUAUGAUCUUCCUGGUUUUGGGGAGAGUGAUCCACAUCCCAACCGAAAUUUCAAUUCAUCGGCUAUGGAUAUGUUGCAUCUAGUCAAUGCUGUCAAUGUAACCGAAAAGUUCUGGGUCCUGUGCCAUUCAAGUGGAUGCAUUCAUGCUUGGGCUUCGCUCAGAUAUAUUCCUGAGAGAAUUGCAGGUGCUGCAAUGCUAGCUCCUAUGGUUAAUCCUUAUGAGUCACACAUGACUAAACAUGAGAUGAAAAGAACUUGGGAGAAGUGGCUUCCAAGGAGAAAAUAUAUGUAUUCCUUGGCUUAUAGAUUUCCAAAGCUUCUCUCUUUUUUCUAUCGGAAAAGUUUCUUGCCGGAAAAGCAUGACCGGAUUGACAAGCAAUUUUCACUUUCACUGGGAAAGAAGGAUGAAAUUCUCGUCGAUGAACCUGCAUUCCAAGAGUUUUGGCAGAGGGAUCUAGAGGAGUCAGUUCGCCAGGGAAACAUGAAACCAUUUAUAGAGGAGACUGUGCUGCAGGUAUCUAAAUGGGAUUUCGACAUUGAAGAACUUCGAGUACAUAAGAAGUGUCGAACAGGAAGCUUGCUUCUUUGGUUGAAGUCCAUGUACGGUCAGACAGAAUGUGAACUUGCAGGAUAUCUAGGCUGCAUACACGUAUGGCAGGGAUUGGACGAUAGAGCAGUCCCACCAUCAAUGAUGGAAUACAUAGAAAGGGUGUUACCAGAGGCAGUAAUCCACAAGCUUCCAAACGAGGGCCACUUCUCCUAUUACUUUUUCUGUGAUGAAUGUCAUAAGAAAAUAUUCUCCACUCUUUUUGGAACUCCUCAAGGUCCAAUUGAACGACAGGAGGAAACUGCAUUCGAAGAUGCUUUACAAGUAUCUGUUUCUGAUACGGAAUGA